GGACGGAAGAUAUGGUGGAGGAAGGAAACUCGCACACACACCAGUGAUGGUUGUUGUAAGGAGGCUCUGACGAGCAGAAUGGCUUACCACAGUCAGGGGAUGAUGGAGCACAUUUCACUCGUCCGUCCGCUAGCUCUCCACGGCAUCUCCAUGGACAACAGCGGAGCGCACCGUCAAGACGCGCUUCGCCUCGGACUGCCCUGCCACCUGGACGCCUACUUCGACCCCGUGCACGGACAGAGAUUACCCUGCAGACGCUUCUCCUACAUCCCCUUUCACGGACCCCUCGGUGUGUGCGAUUACUCUUUCGAGCCCGCGUUUAUCCGGAAAAGGAACGAACGGGAACGGCACCGAGUACGCUGCGUAAACGAGGGUUACGCGCGCCUCCGGGAGCACCUGCCCCACGAGUUCGACGACAAACGGCUCAGCAAAGUGGAGACGCUGCGAGCGGCCAUUGACUAUAUCAAACACCUGCAGAGCCUGCUGGAUGUAAACGUCUCCGGGGUGGAGGUAUCACUGGGAGGGGCGCGCAAACUCGAGCGGCUACAGCAGAGCUCGGAGUGCACUAGCGAUGGAGAAACCCAAACCAGCCUAAGCGAAAGCGGGGAUGUUGUUUAA